AUGGACUACUUUUCGAUCUUUUUUGUGAAUCGUGGUUAUCUCUUCUCGUUGGAUAUCGCUGCCGCCUCACAAACCGUUCAACGAUUGCAGAAUUUCAUCUUCAAUGAGAUCCACGUCAAAGUACAAGAUCAGGUGCUUCUCACGAAUGCGGGUCAAACACUCGAGGCGAACAAAAAUGUCUCCGACUAUGAGGGAAUCGGAACAGCCGCAAAUCCCGUGUACAUGUUCGAUCGACGUUUUCUUCGACAAGAGAAAGAUGAGAUGAGCAGUAGUCAAGACAUCAAACAGUUACAUCAUCGGAUAGAGGAAGCGAUUGAGCAAGCCCAACGAGUCGAACGGGAAGAUGAUCCAACAAAACUUUACCUCGAUCUUCCCGAUCGGGCUCGUGAUUGCAAGUCAGCAGCCACAGCAGCAAUUGCUGUUUGUGCAAAACUCGUUCAAGAACACACAUUGCUCAAUAAUGGUUGGACGGCUUUAAUGUCAAAUAUGGAUGACUCGGUGAAAAAGAUGCGAUCCAGAGCGACGAGAUUUCAGAAAAGUCGAGAACGGGUAUUCGCUCUUCGUGACACUGCCGCUCCUUUACUCGAAGAUUUCGAUCAGUGUCUUGAACAGCUCAAAGGAAUCACAAUCCCGUUGACAUUGUUGACAAAUAUUGGACGAAAUUCGGAAAUGUCUUUACACGAUUGGAUUCAAAGUACUGAUAGCAAUCACUCUCUUGAGGACUUGGUCAUCCAAGUCAAGGAUCAAUUUAAAAAGGUUGAUGAAUGGGACACAAAAAGAAUCGGAAACGAGCUGGACAAAGUCUUUGAACAAACUCGGCAAAACGAUUAUCGAGAGAUCAAAGGGAUCAAUAUCCGUCUCAAUCAAUUGGAUAACUCGCUGAGAAAAGCUGAAGAGUUUGAGAAGCGAGUGGCUCAAGCAGUUUCACAAAUCUUGCAAACACCACAAAAUCGGGAUAUGAACUCGUUAGCGAACCUGAUGAGCGAGCACUGUCUAUCGAUGCAUAAGAUUUACGAUCAGUUGAGAGAGUUGAAUAAAACGUGUGAGACUUUCUACAAAUCGAAGUGUGAAUUGUUGGCGAAUAUCAAGCAGCGAUUGACUGGAUGGAUUGUGACGGCAUAUGAAAAGCUCCAUAUAGCGCAUAGUGAGAUCGUUGUCUAUGAGGAGAAGUUCCUUGGGCUGAAGCAAAGAAUUGAUUUGGUCACUCAAGUGAAAGAAGCUCCAGUCAUCUAUGCAACAGCAAUCACUGAAAUUAUCCGGAGAAGUGCUUUUCAGAAGGAGUUCACCAUUUGGCAUCAAUUGCACAGUGAUCAAUGUGAUAAAUUCUCGAAUGAUGAGGGAAAGAUUCGAAAGGAUUUCGCAACAAAACUGGAGAAACAUUUCCUUCGAUGCCUAUUCCCAGGAAUGUUCGACGAGUUACCUCAAUUCUUUGUGCCGACUUCAAAAAUGCCAAAAUUUGAUCAGAAAAUGCCUGGCAUUGACGAUGGAUAUCUGCAUGAGCUGAGAAAGAAUGUCUCUUCAUUGAAAGCUUUCCUCUACGUCUCCGUUCCACAAGUGUUCACUCGUUUAACGAUCACUCAUCUAUCGAUUCCAAUCAGUCAAUCUCAAUCUAUUACACAGCUUAGACGAGAUGAUUCUUUUACCACGACUUUUCCGGUCAACAAUAUCGCUAUGUUGCAUAAACAAUAUCCAUCGGUGGCCUGGAGUUUAGCUGCAGAAGAAGGGUCUGACAUGUCACCUCGAGAAUUGCCGGCAAUGCUCGCUCGAUCACCACCGUCGAACUUUGGACCAGGCUCACAGUCGCUCUAUCGCUUCCACGCGGCUCCAUCGCUUCAAAAUUUAGAGGAAUGCCAAGACGAUGAUCUCCCAGCUGGUACUCCAAGAAGUAUGCCCAUUCAAAUCCCGGGAAUGCAUAUGCAUCGAGCGAUGGGAGAUCUCAUUCAUCAAAUGUCAAAGAAUUCCUCUCAAUUCUCGACACCCGAUGAUCAUUUUGACGGGAAAGAGCAAUUCCCAAUGGAAGGAUGCACCCAAAGGAGUAUCACGUUGGAACAUUUGAAACCGGUGGCUGCGGAGUUGUUGAAGAUAAAGGAGGAUUUGGAAAUGAUCAAAGGAGAAAUGGAGUUGUCAAGAGAAACCUUCGAGAAAGAGCUCUCAACUGCAAUGGCAUCGAUUGUGAGAGCGGUUGAAAUCGAAAGGGAAACACAUGAGAAUAUUGUGAAAGGAUUGAAUGAGGAAUUUGAGGCUUUGAAAAAAUCGAACAAAGAAUUAGAAGAGAUUAAAAUGAAGCAAGGUGAUGAGAUUGAAAAACAAAAGGGAAAGAUUGAAGAAUUGGAGGAAAGUCUUGGGAAAGCGAAUGAGAAAAAUGAGAAAUUGGAACAAGAUGCUGUCGGACAUGAGGAAGCGUUGAAAAACGUGCAGAAUGAAGUGUUCAAGCGGUUGACGAUUGAGUACGAAUUGGCGAGAGAUGAUCUACAAAGGGAACACUCCAGGAUUUUAGAGGAAAAAGACGAAAAGAUUCGUCACGUUCACAGGGAACUCGAUCGGAAGAACUCGGAAAUCGAAAGGCUCAAAUCCGAUCCAGAUAGUGAUGGGUAUCGGACACAAAUCAAGAAUGAUAUUAAGCAAGAAUUGGAGAAAGAAUAUAAGAGUCGAACCGAUCGAAUCACGAAAUCUCUUCAACAGAAACAAGAUGAGCUGAUCGCUCGUCAUAAAAAAGAAGUCGAAUUUGAUUCGAGGAAAAACUUACUUGAUUUGCAACAUCAAAUAAAAUGGGUGACAGAAGAGCGAAAUCGACUGAAAACUCUUUUGUCUGAGACGGAAACGAACAAGGAAUCGCUAGAGAAAAUCACGAAAGAAAUCGAAAUUGCUGCUGCGAAUGAUGCAAAGGAAUUGCAUGUUUCAUCAAGCUACACCGUGCUGAGCCGGACGACUUCCGGAACACAAACCGAGACUCCACUAGCGAUCAAUCCUUUGAGCCCACUUCAGUUACACGAUUUGGCCGGAUUGGGCAGUGGACUGUCAUCAAGUGAACGACGAGGAAGUGCGCCUAAUGCUUUGCUUCAAUCGACCUACAAUCAAUCAACGAGCAUUAUGGAACAAUCGAUGAUGCCAAUUGCUCAAUUCUACGUAGACUCUUCUCAUCCAAGUCAAGAAGAUUUUACAAGAGUACAAUCUCCCGAAGUUCCUUCAAUGCAAGAAAUGAAUCCGGACGAGACGGCACAAACGAUUGCCUGUCAGACAAGGGUUUUAAUGAAAAAUCUGGACAUGAUGGUGACAAUACAAGAUAUCGGUGAUGGAGCAACUGUAUUAGUGUUAUGGGAUGAUAAACAUAACGCUUUCGUCAUUUUCAGUACAUCUCCAUAUUUGCAUUUUGUCAAAGAAUCAUCAGUGAAAAAGCUCGGUUUGGCGCCGGGUGGGAACAAGAAAUCGUGGAUUUUGGCAAAAGUUGUUAAAGUGGAUUUGUGCGUGAUCCGGAAACAGGAUAAUCGGUAUAAUCUCCCGGUUGAGGCACGAGUGUAUCGUGUCGAAGUUGAUCCAAUCAUAAGUGAGUCAUUCACUUCAUCUCGCUCCAGAGCAUCAACAACUGCUAUU